AUGGCGCCUCAGCUAGCAUGGAUUGGAUUGGGUAACAUGGGAAGGGGAAUGGUUAAGAACAUCGUCUCAAAAGCCAAUCUUGAUAAGCCAUUGAUUAUCUAUAACCGCACGGGAAAGCGCAGCCAAGACUUCAAGGCUUCUUUAGAGAACCCGGAUUCCGUGCAGGUGGUGGAAUCAAUUGAAGAAGCUGUGAAGGCGGCAGAUAUCAUAUUUACCUCGCUUGGGGAUGAUAAAUCUGUCAACUCGGUUCUUGAUACCGCCUUGCAGGUAUCAGGUGGUGUGACGGGAAAACUAUUCGUUGAUACAUCAACCAUCUUGCCAGAAACAUCGGAUGCUGUUGCACAGAAAAUGCGUAGUGGAGGCGCCGAAUUCGUCGCUGCUCCAAUCUUCGGGGCACCACUCAUGGCAGAUUUAGGUAAGCUUAUUGUGGUACUCGCUGGCCCGUCUGCAGCUGUAGACCGCAUUCUUCCAUAUUGCGAAGGAGUUACUGCCCGUGCGACAAUAGAUCUUCGCGACCAGAGCCCUGGAAAGGCGACCCUACUGAAAAUCACAGGGAACACUGCUAUUCUGUCUAUGACGAAUAGCUUAAUAAAUGCGAAUUGGCAGGUUGAAACCGUUGCAGAGGGACAUGUUUUCGCAGAGAAAUCCGGUCUGGGAUCGGAAGCUUUGCACAAAUUUUUCGAAGCAAUGUUUCCGGGGCCCUAUGCUGCGUAUUCUACUCGAAUGAUGACUGGCGAUUAUAUGCGUGAUGAGCCGCUUUUUGCAGUAGAUUUGGCUAGAAAGGACGUCGGCCACGGUAUCAAUCUAGCGGCUAAAGUCGGUGUUGAUAUGCAAGUAUUGAAAGUCCUCGACGGCCACCUGAAGGAUUUGAAGGAGGAAACCGGACCAAAGGCAGAUUUACCAGCCAUUUAUGGAAUAAUCCGCAAGCAAAGCGGAUUGCCGUACUCAAACCAGUGA